GCGCGUGGAGACAAGUUGAGUCCAUUCAAAGAUAGCCAGUCAUGUAGCUUUAGUCCGUACUAGGUCUGCAAACACAUUCAAUGGCGAAGAGAACGACGGCAUCGUGUCGAAAGUAUCGAAUAUAUUUUUUUUAUGGAUUACAUUAAGUGUUUUGAGCGGUCGUGGUUUUUGGCGCGCGUUCUUUUGGCAUACCAUUUUGCCAGAGCGCGCACCACUCUGAAUGUGACACCUUGGAUAGUUGACGGAUUGGCGUCAGAUUGUGGGAAAUGCCUCAUAAAAGUAUGUCAUCGUUUAGAACUCAAACGUUACAAUCAAUAUAUUUAAGCUUUUGCUAAAUUAACUUGGAAUGAAUGAAGAAUGCAUAUCGUUUGGGAAAUAUUUUCGAUUUUUCAAGCAUAUUUCAUCUGUACAUCAGCACAGCUAAUUUCACCAAAGAUUCUUGACGGUUGGUGGGCGUACAAAGAUGCUGUCCAAGGGAGCUUUGUUCCAGUACCAUCCUUCUGGGGGCUAGUGAAUUCCGCCUGGAACCUGUGUUCCAUGGGAAAGAGGCAGUCGCCGGUCAACGUCGAGACCAGUCACAUGAUCUUUGACCCCUUCCUCACCGCUCUACGUUUGAACACAGGCGGACGCAGCAAGAUGGGAGGCACCAUGUACAACACAGGGCGCCACGUGUCGCUGCGGCCAGACAAGGCUCACCUGGUGAACAUCUCCGGUGGACCUCUGGGUUACAGUCACCGGCUGGAGGAGAUCCGCCUGCACUUCGGCAGCGAGGACAGCCAGGGCUCGGAGCACCUGCUCAAUGGACAGGCCUUCCCUGCAGAGGUGCAACUUAUACACUACAACCAGGAACUCUAUGCCAACUACAGUGAGGCAGCCAAGAGCCCCAAUGGCAUAGCAAUUGUGUCCAUAUUCAUAAAGAUAUCCGAGUCUCCAAAUGUAUUCCUGAAUCGCAUGUUGAACAGAGACACCAUCACGAGAAUAACAUACAAACAUGACGCAUUCUUACUCAUGGGGCUCAACAUAGCAGAUCUAUAUCCAGACACUACACGUUUUAUAACAUACGAAGGCUCCAUGACUAUCCCACCCUGCUUUGAGACAGCCACUUGGAUCCUCAUGAACAAACCUGUGUACGUCACACAGAUGCAGAUGCAUUCUCUGCGACUGCUCAGUCAGAAUGAGCCGUAUAAGAUAUUCCUCAGUAUGAGUGACAACACGAGGCCCGCCCAGCCUCUCCUACAGCGCUGUAUCCGCACCAACAUCAACUUCAGCAAGCAGGGCCGGGACUGCCCCAACAACCGUGCCCUGAGGCCCCAGUAUCGAGUAAACCAGUGGCUUCUGAAGUAAGAAGAAAAUGAACAUACUGUACCAUACAACAGGAUAAAAACUAAAUAUGGGAUCCUGAUUAUCAAUACUUUAUUUCAGUGUGGAAAGACUACAUUAUUAGCAGAGAGACUGCUUUGAAACUUUUUGAAUAUGUUUGAGAUUGCAAAGUAAGACAAGGAAAGAUUCAAAAGUGUAACUUGUAAGGCUGCACAAAUGGAAUUCUUCUACAGAGCUUAUGGAAAUGGACUGUAAGGAAAUUCAGCAGGCUCAGCCGUUUACUGACCUCUGCAGUGGAGACAAUGAUGACCUAUUUUAUGACAUCAUCAUCAUCAGAUUCACUUGAAUACCCAAAGAUCCCAAAGGACCAACACUUCUUGAAAUCAGCUAAAUGUAAUCACAGAUACAACGAUAACGUGUUUUGAUACCAACAGCAUUCCAUCAGAUCGAACAACAAGCUAAGAAUCUGAAUCUGAUAAGAGGGUGCUCUUCUGGUGAUGAAAGCUUCUACAUAAUCAUGUCACAAGCAAAAGGUGUGAAUAAAUGUCACAAAUGCAGAAACAUUUCCUGACCAUGUGACCUAACCAGGAAAAACUCUGGGCCCCAGUAAAACACCAGGGCAAGAGAUUCUCCUGUUCAGGACACAUAGUCAGGAAACACUUGGGAGAUCCAGUAUUUUAUACUGUAUGUGCAAAACUUUUCUAGCCAUUUUGGUCCAUUUGCCUUUUCUCUGUUUAAUUGUUUACAAUGUUAAUUCACUCUGUUUAUUUCAAUGUUAGCAGCCCAAUAAACAUGUUUCAGAGAAUUAUCAAAGAUAAAAUAACACUUUACACAAGGCCUAUACAGUAUAUGCUGUUUAAUAAUUGUAUAUUGUCUAGCACUGAAUAGAGCAUGGGACGUGAUUUGUCAGCAAAUGUUUUAAGCAGUCACAAGACGUCCCGUAUCAAUUAUUUAUCCUCAUUUUCGAUUCAGAGAUGUGUAUGGCGUUACAGGCAAUGUGGGUUUUUGUGUGUGUGACUGCGCGCGCGUGUGUACAUGACUGUGUGUGUGUGUGUGCACGGGCUCUCUCCUGGGAAAUGUAUUUCUCAUUAAAGAGGGUAAAUGAAUCUAUCUCCUCGUUCUGUGGCAACGAAACAAAUACAACAACAGGUCUAGACCUUACAGUGAUAUGCUUACUAACAAGCUCUUUCCCACCUACGCAGAGUAAAAUUAGGAGCUAAAAACACGAGAAAUAAAACACAAGAAUGAAUUUAAGUACAGGGGGUACCAAUAUACUGUAUCAAUGUGCAGGGGUACGAGGUAGUUGAGGUAGGUAUGUACAGUGCCUUCAGAAAGU